UAAGAAUUGUCUGUGGUUUCAAUUUUGUUUGCGAGUGAGCAACCGGGCCUAAAAUUAUUAUAUUUCUUGUGAUUUUCAAUAAAAUUGGGUGGAUUAAUAAUCUAUCAAAACACAAAUUAAAAGAUGUUUCUGACACGUUCCGAGUACGAUCGAGGUGUGAACACGUUCAGCCCAGAGGGAAGGCUGUUUCAAGUAGAAUAUGCCAUAGAGGCGAUUAAGCUUGGAUCGACAGCCAUUGGGAUUUGCACAUCGGAAGGUGUAGUUUUGGCUGUGGAGAAACGUAUUACGUCUCCUUUGAUGGAGCCUACAACUAUCGAGAAAAUUGUAGAAGUCGAUAGGCAUAUAGCUUGUGCUGUAUCUGGUUUGAUGGCUGAUUCGAGAACUUUGGUAGAGAGAGCUCGUGUUGAAUGUCAGAAUCAUUGGUUUGUGUACAAUGAGCGCAUGAGCGUAGAGUCUUGCGCUCAAGCAGUGUCCAAUUUAGCUAUUCAGUUUGGGGACAGCGAUGAUGACAGUGGAACAGCAAUGUCAAGACCAUUUGGUGUCGCUGUAAUGUUUGCAGGUAUUGAUGAGAAAGGUCCUCAACUAUUUCACAUGGACCCCAGUGGUACUUUUGUUCAGUAUGAUGCCAAAGCUAUCGGAUCUGGUAGUGAAGGAGCCCAGCAGAGUCUUAAGGAGGUUUAUCAUAAGUCCAUGACACUCAAAGAAGCCAUCAAGUCUGCACUCACUAUCUUGAAACAAGUGAUGGAGGAGAAACUUUCUGAAAGUAAUGUGGAAGUGGUGACAAUGACACCGGGAUCGUUGUUCCAUAUGUUUACGAGAGAGCAACUGGCCGAGGUUAUCAAAGACAUACCUUAAGUUUAUUUCGUAGUUUUGGGUACUGGUAGACAUGAUCUAUUAAAUUGAAACCUCUCUAAGAAAAAACAUCUUAAUAUCUGCAAAAUUUAUCAGCUUUAUUUGUAGUAUGAAAAGAUUUUGAAUUGUCUAUUUUUUCAGAUCAUGUCUAAUGUAAGUGUAUAAGAGAUUUUGUAUCUAUUGUAGAAUGGUAUUUCAAGGAAAUUGUAUUUCAUUAGCAUUUGGAACCUAAUAUAAAUUUGAGUUUACAAUUUAGUAAGUAGAAGUCAUGAUUUGCACAUAACGGAAAGCAACUAACAACUACCCACAAUAGAAUUCUCUGGAUAUAAACAGAUGUAAAAUGCAUUAGUAGUAUCAUAUAGUUUGGUUUAUAUGUAAGUUUGUAUUUACAUUCCUGAUAAACAUUUUGAUUGAAUUGAAAUUCAAUUAAUUUGAAAUAUUGAUCUAUAAUAGUAUGUAAUUGGCAGAUGUUUGUAACUUCAGUAUCUA